AUGGUUCGCCCCCUCUUUGCUUUUGCCCUUCUAGGCGCUCGAGCCUUGGUCAGCGCCGCUGCCGAGUUCGAAACCCGCACCAUCGACGAGAUCUACCAAGCUGCUCUUAAGGAAGGUGGUGUCGUCACCCUGUGGCACGGCGGCGAUGAGACCACUCAGCAGAACUCACUGAAGUCCAAGUUCGAGAAGGAAUUCCCUGGCAUGACCCUCAACGUCACCGUCGAUCUCUCUAAGUAUCACGACGGUAAACUGGACGAUCAGAUCGCAGCCAACAAUGUCUAUGUUGACAGCAUCAUCCUCCAGACCCUUCACGACUACCCUCGAUGGGCCUCUGAGGGUGCUCUCUUGGAUUACGCCCCUCUGGGCUACGACCAAAUCCUCCCCGAGUUCAAAACCAACGAGACUGCCGCAUACUACGGUCUCUUCAUUAUUACAUGGGGCGGUCAAUGGCACUCUGGAAAACUGCCCAACAUCACAGCACCGGUCGAGUGGGAGGACUGGGUUAACCCUGACCUCAAGGACAAGCUUGUCCUUACCUACCCCAACGACGACGAUGCGGUUCUCUUUGCCUUUGACCUCAUUCUCAAGCAAUAUGGCACCGCCUGGUUCGACAAGCUUCUCGCCCUGAACCCCCGCUGGGUCCGCGGCACUCAGACUCCACGCACAAUUUACGCCAAAAAUGACACCCAAUGGGCCGCCACCUUCACCUCCUCCAGCGUUCUGAACCCGGUUUCUCCUACCAAGGCCUCCUUCCCCGUCAAGGGUCAGUUCGUGUCAUGGCCCCAGACUGGUGGUAUCCUCAAGAACGCACCCCACCCCGAGGGUGCCAAGCUUCUGCACGCUUAUAUGCUCAGCAAUGAGUUCCAGAGCGCGCGCGGAGGAUGGAGCGUCCGUGGGGACGUCCCUCCCCCGGCCAACUACCCUGCCAUCUUGGAGAUGCCCGGCACCGAUCCGACCGCUUUCGGCAAGUGGAUGUCCGACCGCGCGGCUGUUGAAAGACUCCGCUUCUGGCUGGAAGACCGCCUUGGCACUGCUCAGGGUCUCAGCCCCCUCAUUGAUGACCUUUGA